UUGCUUAAUGCUAGGACAAUUCCUGAUAGAUAUCCGAUAAGGCAUAUCCAUGACUUCACUCACAGCAUCGCUGAAUGUAACAUAUUUACUACCUUAGAUCUUGUUAAAGCCUAUAAUCAAAUACCUGUCAGCGAAUUAGAUAUACCGAAAACCGCGAUUACCACACCAUUUGGUUUAUACGAAUUUAAGUAUAUGAAUUACGGUUUGCGUAAUGGAAGUCAAACCUUCCAAAGGUUCGUGGAUGAGGUCACGCGUGGUUUAGAUUUUUGUUACUGUUACCUAGAUGACUUUUUAAUAUUCUCGAGGAGCGAGUCAGAGUACGAGGAGCAUUUACGCCAGAUAUUUAACCGACUGAAGGAGUACGGGAUGUUGAUCAACACCUCGAAAUGUGUUUUCGGUGCGUCUGAAGUAACAUUUUUGGGUUAUAAAAUUUCCGCCAAUGGUAUUAAGCCUCUCCAGGAGAAAGUUCAGGCGAUUAAGGACUUUCCUUCGCCCAAAAACGUUCGACAGCUCAGAAGAUUUCUGGGCAUGAUAAAUUUCUACCGGCGAUUUUUGCCUAAUGCUGCGCGCAUUCAAGCUCCCUUAAAUGCAUUACUUGCAGGAGCCACAAAAGGUUCACAACCAAUUAAUUUAACAGGAGACGCUAGUAAAGCUUUUAACGAUUGUAAGCUAAGCCUAUCUGAAGCAGCUUUACUAGCUCACCCUGCUACACAUUCCAAGCUCGCUCUUGUUACUGAUGCCUCAGAUAUAGCUUUGGGUGCGGUAUUGCAGCGGUAUAAAGACGGCACAUGGCAACCGCUUGCGUUUUUCUCACGCAAAAUGAGUUCUGCGCAGCAAAAAUAUUCGCCAUAUGAUAGAGAGCUUCUCGACAUCUAUGAGGCCAUUAAGUAUUUUCGGCAUAUGUUAGAGGCGAGACAUUUUAUUGUCUAUACUGACCACAAGCCAAUCAGUUUUGCUUUCCGCGAGAGGAAAGGCAACUGUUCGCCUAGGCAGUAUAGACAUCUAGACUACAUUUCGCAGUUCACAACCGACAUAAGGCAUAUAUCUGGUAAAGACAAUGUUGUUGCCGAUGCCUUAUCUCGAGUUGAGGAACUGCAAGCGCCCGUCAAUCUCAGUACAUUGGCCGAAGCUCAAGCAUCAGAUCUCGAACUGGCUGAACUUCUCAAAGGUGGAUCAUCCCUUCGGUUAGAGAAGUAUGACAUUCCUGGGAGUAAAACAUGUAUGUACUGCGACGUCAGUACACUGACUCCCAGACCAUUUGUCCCUAAAGUGCUGCGCAAACAAGUUUUCGAAAGUCUGCGUUCUUUGAGCCAUCCAGGCGCGAACGCUACAGCAAAACUAGUUGCAGAGCGUUUUGUGUGGCCUAGCAUCAGGAAAGACUGCAGAGAGUGGUCACGUGCCUGCUUGGCUUGCCAACGUGCCAAGGUGACGCGACACGUAUCUGCGCCUUUAGGCACGUAUAACUUACCGCGUGCAAGGUUCAAGCACGUCCACAUCGAUCUUGUGGGACCUCUGCCACCAUCGCAAGGCUUUCGAUACUGCCUCACUGCAGUUGAUCGCUUUACACGAUGGCCAGAGGUCGUACCGAUCGUAGACAUAACUGCGGAAACCGUUGCCAAAGCCCUGCUGUCCGGAUGGAUAGCCAGGUAUGGCUGUCCUGUAGACAUUGUUACAGAUCGCGGUCGACAGUUCGAAUCCGCUUUGUUUCAAUAUUUGUCGAAGAUAAAUGGGUUCCAGCAUAAAAGAGCAACAGCUUACCAUCCGGCAUGCAACGGUUUAAUAGAGCGUUUCCACAGGCAGCUCAAGGCAGCGAUCAAGUGCCAUGCAGAUGAGCAUUGGACUGAAUCUUUACCUUUAGUUCUCCUUGGCAUUCGUAGUGCAUUUAAGGAAGACUUGCAGUCUUCGUCUGCCGAACUCGUGUAUGGAGAACCACUUAGGCUACCUGGUGCAUUUUUGGACCCCACUAUAAAUGUUACGUCGGAUAUAACCGAUUUUACAGCCAGGUUGCAUAAUUUUGUUAAACAUUUGCAACCUGUCCCAGCUUCACGCCACACAAAAGAAAAAACUUUUGUAUACAAGGAUCUCGCAACUACUGAACACGUCUUCUUAAGAGAAGACGCUUCGCGUACGAGUUUGCAACCUGCGUACUCAGGUCCACACAAGGUACUCUCCAGAGGAGAUAAGGUUUUUAAGCUCCUGGUCAAAGGAAAAGAGAUGAAUGUCUCAAUCGACAGACUUAAACCGGCUUAUAUUUUAGCUGACGGUAGCAGGUUCAGUCCAAUACAGGCCGCUUCCUCAGAGAAUAUUAAAGGUUCCCAUCCGGGUCCAAUUACAAGGUCUGGACGCCGUGUUAGAUUCCCGGACUAUUAUCGACCAUAA